UUGAACAAGGGCUAUCCCACCACUGCCAUUCCUAGGACCACACACCCCAACCACCGCAAGGGCAUUCAAUCGACAAAAAACAAGUUUGUGUGGUCUGUCGCAUGGGAAGUUUCUGGCUUUGCGUCAUAUGAGCAUCAGGCACUUGAGUUGUUGAGAAAUGCGAAGCAUGGCACACUUCUUCGCACAAAGCACAAGUUGGAGGAGCUCGGUGACAUUACCCAAAAGAGCAGGAGAGCGUGUUGA